AGACUAUUUUUUUAAAAAAAAUCUUUUUUGUUGCAAGAGCAAGAAGAUAAAGAGAAGUGCUUCGGACAUGGGUAUGGCCACCUGCAGCUCAAGCUCCUCCAUGAUCGUUCCUUCUAAAGCUGCCUUGAAGCCUCCCUGCAGCCAUCCAAUAUUCUCAACAUUCCAGAUUCCCACAUCUCCUGUCCCCAAAGCCAACCCAUAUGAGCACCUCAACAUUGCACCCAACUUGGAUGGAACCAUCACUCGCUUGCUCGACGCUCCUAUUGUUGAAGCAAACCCUGAGGCCACCCACGGUGACGCUGUGGUCUGCAAGGAUUUGACUCUAAUUGCCGAAAAGAAAACAUGGGUUCGCGUAUACAGACCCACAAGGUUACCCUCCAACGAUAACACCGUAGCACGCCUUCCCAUUAUUAUCUACUUCCACGGCGGCGGCUUUGUAAACUGGAGAGCCUCUAUGAAGAUGCCUCACCAAAGAUGUUCUGAUUUGGCUAGCGAAAUCCCUGCAAUUGUGGCUUCGCUGGACUACCGUCUUGCGCCGGAGCACCGGCUUCCAGCCCAAUAUGAAGAUGCAAUAGACGCGAUUCUAUGGGUGAAGCAGCAAUUUGAGGAUCCAAAUGGAGAGCAGUGGCUGAAAGAAUACGGGGAUUGUUCCCGUUGCUAUUUAAAUGGGCGUGGAAGCGGUGGGAACAUGGUAUUUAACUCAGCUUUAAGGGUUUUAGAUUUGGAUUUAAAUCCCCUAAAGAUUGCAGGGUUGAUUUUGAACCAACCCAUGUUUGGAGGGAAUGAAAGGAAGAACUCGGAACUGAUGUUUGUGGAUGAUCCAGCGUUGCCAUUAGCAGCAUUGGAUCUGUUGUGGAAACUAAGUUUGCCAGAAGGUACAGAUAGGGACCAUCCAUUUUGCAAUCCAGUGGUAGAAGGUGCAGAGAAGAGGAAGAUGAGUUCAUUAGGGAGGUGUUUGGUGACAGGAUUUUUUGGGGAUGUAAUGUUUGAUAGAAUGCAGGAUUUGGUGGAGAUGCUGGUGAUGCGUGGAGUGAAGGUGGAAGUGAGGUUUCAUGAUCCUGACUUCCACAACGUUGAUCUUGUGGAUCAGCAUUGUGCUCGAGCCAUUACAAAUAGUAUAAAAGAAUUUGUCAUCUAAAAAGUUGGCAAUUUUGAUCAUUGCUUUAUUAGUUUGUAUUUGGUUUAAAAAGUUUGUCCAGCCUGCAAGUCUUUCUUUUCUUUUCUUUUAGUUAGUGAUUACGAUGAAAUUAUUUUAUUUUCCA